AUGCUGCGCAAGAUAAAGGUCUCGAAAUCUGCGACAGAAGAGGAAAUUUUGGAUGAAUGCAAGAAACAGGCAAGCCAUACAUUCGCCAUACAGCUGGUCGGUCACGAUAGUUGCAAACUUAUCCGCGGCCCAACGGUUGAAGUUGUCUUUCAAACCUCGCCUCCUACCGAUACUGUUGCGGUUGUUGUUGAUAUAUCAUCUGCUGGCGGUGCGAUCAAGAUUGGGGAAGCUUCAAAUAACAAUCUUGGGGUUACUGCGGUCGGCAUGGUGGGAACCGAGGAUGCAGACAGUUUGGUUAUCAUGCCAUGGGAGAGCGGAUGGUGGUAUUAUACAAUCGGUGUUAUCACCGUGCGAUAUAUCGUGAAAGUAUAA